UUCAGCAAUAACAUUCAACCCUGCAUUUUCUUCUGGAAAUGCAGUUUCUUCUAGUUAAAGUUGUGUUGAAGUAAAAUGAGAAAAGAUCAAAUGAACAAUUAUGAAAACAGGAUAAUAAAUCAAAACAAUUUAAAAAGGUUUAAAUAUGAAAAUGUUUAAAUUUCGUAUUUUUUGAGAACACGUUCUUUCAUUAAACUCAUUUUAACUCAAAAUGUUAAUACUGUAUUUUUCAACUUUAGUGCAGAGUUGAAAAUGUAAUGCAGGAGUUUUUUUUAAUGACACAUCAUCCACAAACUUUGUCCUCAUACAAUUGAAUCAAUUUCUCACAGAGAGCUAGACUCGGCUGAUGCUUUCUAAAAUUCUGUUUCGUUUUUUCCACAGUACAAUUUCUUAUAUUCUUAAAAGAUUCAAAGGCAGUAUUAAUCUGACUAUUUGUGCUAGUACAAUAACCAAAUAAUGUGUGUGUGCGUGUAUGUGUGUGUGGGGGUGUGGACAGAGUGGAACAAAGGAAACUGGCACUUCGGGUUUGGGACCUGCGCGCGUGCUCUCACAGGUAACAUUCUCCUCGGCAGGUGUCAGCAGACUCCCGGAUUCAUGGACUCAUUCAUCAGACGCUCAGAGAAGCCUCACAGAGCUGAGUGACGCUGGAGGGUCGGGUGUACGGAAGCUCUGAGCUGCCACUGCGAAAAAUAUUUUUUGGAACAGCUUCUCGUAAUAACGAGAAAGUAUCUCGUAAUAACGAGAAAGUAUCUCGUUAUAACGUGAUAGGUUUCUCGUAAUAACGAGAAACAUAUCUCGUUAUUACGAGAAACCUAUCACGUUAUAACGACAUACUUUCUCGUAAUAACGACAUAGUUGUUUACAGUAAAACGUCAUCUUCUCGCGGGACAUUUCAUUCUCGUCUUGAUGACCUGUGGGAAAAGAUGGAGAAUCAGCGGGAGCCUCUUUAUUCCUUUUUAAGGGAUAGAAAUGUGUCAGAGGACAGAAUUUCCACCAUGAGGAAUGACAAAAUUGACAUAUCAGUUAUUGGAAGCAUGGAUGAUGACAGCUUGGCCACCUACGUUCCAAUCUACGGUGACAGGAUUGCCACACGAAGGUUUUGCUCUGAAUAUAAAAAGAAAGGUGAGAGAGAUGCACAACGCCAGUCAUUGCUUCAAAAACUAAAAAGAAAGAUGGGAUUUGACACACAACCAGAAGGCCCUGACCAUGGAGAACAUGAUACAACUCAAACACAUCCAAGGGCAUAUUUGAAGAACAACAAGCUGGCUGUGAGAAAGACCAGAAAGGUUGAGUUAGGAUGGAUACACGAAGGAAAGCAGCUACGCAAGAAAAAUGGAGGUGGAACAAGGAGAAUAGAUUUGCCAAAGGAAGCAAAAAAGGCUGACAUUUUAAGCAUUGCAAAGGAACUAUUUUUUCCAAAUGGAAGAUCUAAAAAGGGACAACUGGAGGAUUUUACUUUUGAUAUUUUAGAUUAUCAAGAGGAUGCAGUAUUAGAUGAAAACACCACAGUAGGAGAACUUUAUUCCCUGCUAAAAAUGGGAACGUUAAGAUUUUAUCUUUGCACAAGAGAACGGAAGGAAUCAAGAAUCCCAGAAAUCAGUAUUCCAGAUGACCGCAUGGACCACGAUGAGCCAGAGGAUGAAAACAGCUCCUCAUAUUCAUCUAACUUCUCAGAGGUCCUGAUAGGUCCUCACACCGGUGAACCUCUGGCAUGGCAACUGGAAGACACUCUGCCCAUUUCAUCAAGUGAUGAAGGGGAAUCUGUGAGUCUUAAUCUUACUUCAGCCACCCUGAACUUAAGUUCUGUGAACCAGUUUGUCUCAAACAACUCUGCACCAACGAUAGCUACCUCCACUGAAGAGCCUGGACCUGCUCUUAUGCUCCCACCAUCUGCUGUGUCUAUUUUGUCAAGUUAUGAAGGAGACUCGGCAGUUCUUCUUAUUCCUUCUUCUGCCCUUGAGCUGGCAAGUCAAAGCAAUAUCACAACUAGUGAUGUGCCAUCUACAUCCAGUGUUACUGAGCAGCCUGCAUCUACCUCUGUGUCCCACAUACCUAGUAUGACUUCAUCAGAUAAUGAAGCACACAGUAAUACUGAGCUGUCCGGAUAUGACACGAUUAAUGUUAACAUUAAACUUCAUAGGAAAAUGCUUAUGGAUGAACUGAUAACACAGUUCAAAGAUCCCAGCUUGCUCACCUGUCCUUUAAAAUUUAGUUUUAUCGAUGAAAUAGGAGCAGAUGCAGAUGGAGUUUCUAGAGAUGUCUAUUCUGCUUUCUGGACAGAGUGUUUAGACAGUGCUGCUGAAGGGCAAGACAUGAGAGUUCCAUUACUUUCCCCAAAGUGGCAGGAGGAAGAAUGGAAAUCUGUUGGACGAAUCCUUGUAAAGGGGUUCCUAGACCAUGGCUAUUUCCCAAGCCACCUUGCACCAGCUUUCACAGUGGCGCUGGUUUUUGGUGAGCACUUGGUGUCACCUGACUUGCUAUUUGAGUCACUCCUCUUUUACAUCAGUCCAGAAGAGAGAGAUCUUGUGAACAAGGCUUUGCUGGAGGAUCUUCUUGGUGAAGAGCAUGAGGAACUGCUUGAUUUAUUAGAUCGUGUGGCUGCUAAAUUUAUCCCAACAAGAGAAAACUUGAAAGCUGUGCUUUUAAAUGUUGCACAUAAGCUGAUCAUUCAACAGCCAAAAUAUGCUCUUGAUAAAAUGUCAGAAGUUGCAAGAACAACAUUUGCACAUGUCUUCAAGAGCAUAUAGAGGACACAAAAAAACAUCUCUCCCAAUAGAACAUUUUAGAGCACUUGUUAAAUGAACAUUUUGUUUACCAUGUCAAAGCACAUGUAGUAACAUUUCUGAAUGUUAUGAGGAAAAGAACAAAAUUGUUGGUUUGAUCACCCAAAUUGUUUAUUUUGUGAUGAUUAAAACAUUACACAUUCAA